CUUCCUCCUGGGGCUUUAUCACGCGGGAGGCUUUGGCUGCUGUUUUUGUCCCUGCAUUUGCUGCCACUCCAAGCCUCCCCCUCUCCCUCUCCUGGGCUGCAGCACAGCCCCCAGGCAGGCGAACCUGUGUGUUCUUCGAGUCCCCGGGAGUUCGGGGGAGCACAAAGGCACUGGGGAAGCUGCUAGAUGCAGGACGGGAAUCACCCAGGAUCAUCCGCUGCCUCUACAGCCGCUGCUGCUUUGGCAUCUGGAAUCUGACCCAAGACCAGGCACAGGUGGAGAUGCAAGGAUGCCGGGACAGCGACGAGCCGGGCUGCGAGUCCCCCGACUGUGAGCUGAGCCCCAGAGCCCAGCCCCGCCCCAGCUCCACUCUCUUCACCUGCUCCUGCGCCUCGGACCUCUGCAAUGCCAACUAUAGCCAGAUGCCCGCUCCUGGGGGCCCGGGCGCUGCCGGCGCGCACGGCCCCCAGCUGGCCCCAGGCGAGUCCAUCUGGCUGGCGCCGGCGCUGCUGGGGCUCGUCCUGCUGCUGCUGCUAGUGCUGGCGAGCGUCGUGCUCGCCCUGCGACAGCGCGCGGCCCGCCGAGUGCGGGGAGACCCCGCCGCGCCCGCGCCCGAGCCAGAGUCCGAGCGGGACUGGGGUGCGGAGCUCCCGCAGGUGCCCGAGCUGUGCCUCUCGCAGGUGCCCAGGCCGGGAGGGACUGGGGGAGGGGGCGCGGGGCAGAGGUGGUGCCUGGAGCCCCCUGGGGCCCACACCCGCGCCCGUCCGCCCCCUCGCCAGGUAAUUCGGGAAGGAGGUCACGCGGUGGUGUGGGCCGGGCGGCUGCAGGGCGAGUUGGUGGCCGUCAAGGCCUUCCCCCCGAGGGCCUGGGCCCAGUUUCGUGCCGAGAAAGCCCUGUACGAGCUGCCCGGCCUGCAGCACGACCACGUCGUCCGCUUCAUCACCGCCAGCAGGGGUGGCCUGGGACCCCUGCCUUCUGGGCCACUGCUCGUGCUGGAACUGCACCCCAAGGGCUCCCUGUGCCACUACCUGUCCCAGCACACCAGUGACUGGGGUGGAUCCCUGCGGAUGGCGCUGUCCCUGGCACAGGGCCUGGCAUUUCUCCAUGAGGAGCGCUGGCAGGACGGCCAGUAUAAACCGGGAAUUGCCCACCGAGACCUGAGCAGCCAAAAUGUGCUCAUUCGGGAGGACGGGUCCUGUGCUAUCGGAGACCUGGGUCUCGCCUUGGUGCUCCCUGGCCUUGCUCAGCCCCCAGCAUGGGCCCCGAUGCAACCCCGAGGCCCAGCUGCCAUCCUGGAGGGUGAUCCUCGGCCUCCCCCAUCUCGCUCUCCAGGCUGGCACCCAGAGGUACAUGGCCCCGGAGCUCUUAGACAAGACUCUGGACCUGCAGGACUGGGGCACGGCCCUCCGGAGAGCCGAUGUUUACUCUCUGGCUCUGCUCCUCUGGGAGAUUCUCAGCCGCUGCCAAGAUUUACGACCUGGACCUCUGCUCUUCUCCUCGGUGGUCUUUCUGCAAAGAAGGUGCCUCGAGGCUUAGCUGAGAGCCGGCCCUGUGGCUUCUCUGCAGACAGCACCCCGCCACCCUUCCAACUGGCCUACGAGGCAGAACUGGGCAGCAGCCCCACCACCUGUGAGCUGUGGACCUUCGCCGUGGAGGAGAGAAGGCGGCCCUGCAUCCCGCCCGCCUGGCAUGGCUGUCCCACGGUCCCCGCAGGCUUGAGGGAAGUCCUGGAGGACUGCUGGGAUGCGGACCCCGAGGCGCGGCUGACGGCGGCGUGCGUGCAGCUGCGCCUGGCAGCCCUGGGCCCGCAGCAGGCCUCCCAUCCUGGCGCGGAGGAGCGUCCAGAGAGCUGCCCGCCUCUCCACCCUGAAGACGGCCUCUCCGCGCCUCCCCGCUGCCGGUCUGACGCGUAGACCCGAGCUGAGUGCCUGCCCCCUCAGCGGAAGCGGGACCCUGAUUCCAGGAGCCCUCCACCGACUGUAGCAUGUAUGACGGAGAUGUGCUGUUUGCGUGUGCUUUAUGUCCGUGUCAACAUAAAUAUGAUGCUUGGCUGCCUCUCUCCUUGCCAAGGCUCGGGUCCUUCUGUACGUCCUUCCACUACACUCCUGCCCGACGGCUGGAGCUGGUGACCCACGAAAGGGAGACAAAGAUCCGUCUUUCAGAGUCUGCACUUUGGGCCCCGCUUCCUGUGACCCUGGGCUCCUUGUCUCUCCUCUUUUCCUUCUCCUUUUGCUUGGAGCUGACGGAAGGGCUGCUCUGAAGGUGAGCAGGAACCCCAGCUCUCCGCAUGGACCUUGUCCACUGUAGGACGAGAGUCAUUAGGAUGACCUCCCCACCAGACAGCUUCUGCUGGGUCUUUUUU